UACUCAAAUACAAUUUACAGGCAAUAUACUUUUUACUCUAUUAAUUUGAUGACAUUAGGGAGUAAUUACUUUCCAGAUUCAGAUGCAAAAUACAUAGAACCAAUCAAUGGUGUACACUCAGUGGUAUGUUUAUUUCUAUAACAGCCAUACAAAGCAGUCUUGCAUUAAAUCCUGCCUGUGUGACGGUCAUAAUAAUCAGUCUAUUAAGUCAUUACAAUAGUCGCACCAGCUGCAGCAUGACAGUCAUGUAUAAAUAUAAUAUAUCAAUAUUUAUAAUUCAAUAAUAUAUAAUAUUUAAGUGUGUUGUACUAAAGUCAAAUUAAUCGCGUAACUUUAACAUAUCCACACUAUUGUGGUAUUGUUAUUUUUACGUCACUAAAAGAUCAAUAGAACUGUGGGAAAAAACAUGUGCAUCCCCUUGCCUUGUCAUUCCACCAGUGGCCUGAAGAGGGCGCCAGCGAGGCACAUUGGUUCUGCGGCCACGAAAGAUAGAAAACGAAGAAGCGCCCUCACUGGUCCAUAAUACGUUUUGAUUAACCCGCCCUGUACGCGCGCUUGACGUCAGUUCAACACACUUAUGUGGAAAUACAUUUGCAUAUACGGGUCUCAGCCACGGCGCACUUAGCUUCGUGAGGCGGAGGGAGAGCGAGAGACGACCGCAAGAGUUGAACAAGUGGCGUUGUUAUCUGGGUUAGGGAGCUCGUUAGCUUACGCGGUGUGUAGCCGCAGUCCAACAUGACCCAGCAAGCUGCUGCUCUGCAGAACUACAACAAUGAACUCGUCAAGUGUAUGGAGGACCUGUGCUCCAAGCGGGAGGAGCUGAACCGUCAGAUCAAGCAGGAGGAGGAGGAGAAGGAGCGGCUGCAGCACGACAUCGGCAUCCUCUCGGAGAAGCUGAAGCGAGUCGACGAGAGCCUGGCCCAGAGGCGCAGCGCCCGCACCAGCUUCGACCGCACCAUCACCGAGACCGAGGCCGCCUACACCAAGAUCUUGGAGAGCUCCCAGUCUCUUCUGAGCGUCCUGAAGCUGGAGGCGGGAAACCUCAGUAAAGCCACGGAGCCCCGGAGGAAGGAUCACUGACGGCAACCAAAGGUCACUGAUGGCAACCAAAGGUCACUGAUGGCAACCAAAGGUCACUGAUGGCAACUAAAGGUCACUGAUGGCAACUAAAGGUCACUGAUGGCAACCAGAGGUCACUGAAGGCAACCAGAGGUCACUGAAGGCAACCAGAGGUCACUGAUGGCAACCAGAGGUCACUGAUGGCAACCAGAGGUCACUGAUGGCAACCAGAGGUCACUGAUGGCAAC